AUGCAAUCAAUUAAAUUGGUAGUUGUAGGUGAUGGUGCUGUAGGUAAGACCUGCCUACUUAUCUCAUACACCUCAAACUCUUUCCCAACCGAAUAUGUACCAACUGUUUUUGAUAAUUAUUCAGCAAAUGUGAUGGUUGACAAUAAAACAGUUUCUCUUGGUCUUUGGGAUACUGCAGGUCAAGAGGAUUACGAUCGUCUUCGUCCAUUGUCAUAUCCACAAACCGAUGUAUUCCUUAUUUGCUUUGCCAUUAUAAGUCAAACCUCAUACACCAAUGUAAAGUCGAAAUGGUAUCCCGAGGUUAACCACCAUUGCCCAAACAGCACAAUCAUCUUGGUCGGAACUAAAUGUGAUUUAAGAGAUGACAGAGAGGCUUUAGAGAAACUUAAAGAGAAGAAUCAAACUCCACUCACCCCACAACAAGGUGAGCAAAUGGCUAAAGAUAUUAAAGCUUUCUGUUAUUUAGAAUGUUCUGCUCUCACUCAAAAAGGUCUUAAGCAAGUAUUUGAUGAGGCUAUUAAGGCUGUGAUUUUCCCAGAUAGAGACAAGUCAAACAAAUCUAGCAAAUCAAAAUGCACCAUACUAUAG